AUGGCCGCCCUCAUGCAAAUGUGACUCCUCAUCCCGCUAUUCCACGAGUUUCCAUGCCAGAUGGUGCCAGUGGUAUUAGAAAUGGCACAGUGUUGCCACCUUACACUACCAUUUAUUACUUUGAUCAGGUACCUUCAAACAACGAUACUGGUUCACUUGGGAAUACUAUGAAAAAGGAGGACCCAUCCUACUAUCGACCCCAGUUUUCUGGCUAUCUCACCAAUAGAACCAUUCCCGGCCUGAUUGCACAACCCAAUAAAGGCGCGACAGUUGUAUUGGAGCACCGAUUCUUUGGUCUUUCCAAUCCUCGUCCGGACUUGUCCUCUGGUUCGCUGGCAUUACACACAGUACAUCAGGCUGUCGAAGAUCUCGCUUAUUUUGCCAAGAAUGUACACCUCCCUUUCCCCGAAGAUGUAGAAGAUGGUGCAAAUGUCGGGCCAGACAAGAACCCCUGGAUUCUUGUCGGUGGUAGCUACAGUGGAGCUCUUACUAGUUGGGCUAAACUGAGGUAUAAUUCUUUCAGGCCGUGUCUAAUGGAACUGACUAGGAGCCUUCAGUCAUCCAGAAGUAUGAAACAAAAGAAUGCUCUAAAGGCAAAGUUUGGAAUGCCAAACGUCACUCACUAUGAUGAUGUCGCUGGGACCCUUCGAAACCAAUUAUGGAACUGGCAAUCACUAAAUCCUACAUCUGGAGGGGCGAUAUUCUAUGAUUUCUGUGAUGCCCUGGAGGUUGUGGAUGGCACAUCACCCGGGCCUGAAGGCAGAGGACUCGAGCACGCGCUUGAUGCCUGGGGCAAAUAUGAGACCGACUACGUAAACAACU